GGCGCCGGCGGUUCCUCGUUGCUAAAGUCUCAUUUCCCAUAAAGCCUCCAAGCGACCAAUCAGCUGGCUGUCUCCAUACCGCUUUCAAAGUCGGCGGGCCCUUCGCCCAAUAGUAUUGCAGAUGCUGCCCCCAACGCGAAGAUUGAUGGAAAGCUUCACCAAUCACACCACAGACCUCGGCUAUUCCCGCCUGUCUCGCACAGGAUUGACGAUUUUUCCGGCCAAUAGGGGACGCCGGGUCGGCGGGUGGAUGAACGCGGCCAUCUGUAAUGGCGGAGCGUGGCGGGGACGGGGGAGACGGUGAGCGAUUCAACCCGGGGGAGCUAAGGAUGGCUCAACAGCAGGCCUUGAGGUUCCGAGGUCCAGCUCCCCCACCAAAUGCAGUGAUGCGAGGCCCACCACCUCUCAUGCGACCGCCUCCACCUUUUGGUAUGAUGCGAGGCCCUCCUCCACCGCCUCGGCCCCCAUUUGGACGUCCUCCUUUUGAUCCUAAUAUGCCGCCAAUGCCUCCUCCAGGAGGGAUUCCUCCACCUAUGGGCCCUCCACACCUCCAGAGACCACCUUUCAUGCCUCCACCCAUGGGAACCAUGCCUCCUCCUCCGGGUAUGAUGUUUCCACCGGGAAUGCCUCCUGUGACUGCUCCUGGUACUCCCGCACUGCCUCCUACUGAGGAGAUAUGGGUUGAAAAUAAAACUCCAGAUGGGAAGGUUUAUUAUUAUAAUGCUCGGACACGUGAAUCUGCUUGGACGAAGCCAGAUGGAGUUAAGGUUAUUCAGCAGUCAGAGCUGACACCCAUGCUUGCAGCCCAGGCGCAGGUUCAGGCCCAGGCCCAGGCUCAGGCUCAGGCCCAGGCCCAGGCCCAGGCCCAAGCCCAAGCCCAGGCGCAAGCCCAGGCGCAAGUGCAAGCACAGGCAGUUGGAGCUUCCACUCCUACGACCAGUAGUCCAGCACCUGCAGUAUCCACUUCGACAUCAUCCUCUACCCCUUCCUCCACCACUUCUACCACAACAACUGCCACCUCGGUUGCACAGACAGUAUCAACACCCACAACACAAGAUCAGACCCCAAGUUCUGCUGUUUCAGUUGCCACACCUACAGUUAGUGUUUCAGCUCCUGCUCCGACAGCCACGCCUGUGCAAACCGUUCCUCAGCCGCAUCCCCAGACGUUACCUCCUGCUGUUCCUCAUUCAGUACCUCAACCCACAGCAGCAAUACCUGCUUUUCCACCAGUAAUGGUACCUCCGUUUCGUGUUCCCCUUCCCGGCAUGCCAAUUCCACUUCCAGGUGUAGCAAUGAUGCAAAUAGUCAGCUGCCCGUAUGUAAAGACAGUCGCUACCACCAAGACCGGUGUAUUGCCAGGAAUGGCCCCUCCUAUUGUACCCAUGAUACACCCCCAGGUUGCUAUUGCAGCUUCACCUGCUACCUUAGCUGGAGCAACAGCGGUUUCUGAGUGGACUGAAUAUAAAACAGCAGAUGGGAAGACAUAUUAUUAUAAUAAUAGAACUUUAGAAUCAACCUGGGAAAAACCCCAAGAACUAAAGGAAAAAGAAAAAUUAGAAGAGAAGAUUAAAGAGCCAAUUAAAGAACCCUCUGAAGAACCUUUGCCAAUGGAGACAGAGGAGGAGGAUCCUAAAGAAGAGCCCAUAAAGGAGAUAAAGGAGGAGCCCAAAGAAGAGGAGAUGACUGAAGAAGAAAAGGCUGCCCAGAAGGCAAAGCCAGUAGCUACUACUCCUAUUCCUGGUACGCCAUGGUGUGUUGUUUGGACUGGUGAUGAGCGGGUCUUCUUUUAUAAUCCCACCACUCGCCUUUCUAUGUGGGACCGACCUGAUGAUCUGAUUGGAAGGGCAGAUGUUGACAAAAUUAUUCAGGAGCCCCCUCAUAAAAAAGGAAUGGAAGAAUUGAAAAAACUAAGGCACCCGACCCCGACAAUGCUGUCCAUCCAAAAGUGGCAGUUCUCUAUGAGUGCAAUUAAAGAAGAACAAGAAUUAAUGGAAGAAAUUAAUGAAGAUGAGCCUGUUAAAGCAAAAAAACGGAAGAGAAUGUCAAAGAAGUCCUUUAUGUGGAUUGCCCGAGCUUCUCUAUUUAGGAGAGAUGAUAAUAAAGACAUUGAUUCAGAGAAAGAGGCUGCCAUGGAAGCUGAAAUUAAAGCUGCCCGAGAAAGGGCCAUUGUCCCUCUGGAGGCUCGAAUGAAGCAGUUCAAGGACAUGCUGCUAGAGAGAGGGGUGUCUGCUUUUUCAACAUGGGAGAAGGAGUUGCACAAGAUAGUUUUUGAUCCUCGAUACUUACUUCUCAAUCCUAAAGAAAGAAAACAGGUGUUUGAUCAGUAUGUAAAGACCAGGGCAGAGGAAGAACGCAGGGAAAAGAAAAAUAAAAUAAUGCAAGCCAAGGAAGAUUUCAAAAAAAUGAUGGAGGAAGCAAAGUUUAAUCCAAGAGCUACUUUUAGUGAAUUUGCAGCCAAGCAUGCUAAAGAUUCAAGAUUCAAAGCAAUUGAAAAAAUGAAAGACCGAGAAGCCUUGUUUAAUGAAUUUGUGGCAGCUGCAAGGAAGAAAGAGAAAGAAGAUUCGAAGACCAGAGGUGAGAAGAUUAAAUCGGAUUUCUUUGAACUAUUAUCUAAUCAUCACUUGGACAGUCAGUCUCGGUGGAGCAAGGUAAAAGAUAAAGUAGAAAGUGAUCCACGUUACAAAGCAGUGGAUAGUUCAUCAUUGAGGGAAGACCUUUUCAAGCAGUACAUUGAAAAAAUAGCCAAGAAUUUAGACUCAGAAAAAGAAAAAGAGCUUGAAAGGCAAGCCCGCAUUGAGGCAAGCCUUCGAGAACGAGAGAGAGAGGUUCAAAAAGCUCGUUCAGAACAAACGAAGGAAAUAGAUCGAGAGAGAGAGCAGCACAAGCGAGAAGAAGCUAUCCAGAAUUUCAAGGCUCUUCUGUCUGACAUGGUACGUUCUUCAGAUGUGUCAUGGUCUGAUACUCGUAGGACCCUCCGAAAAGACCACCGCUGGGAAUCUGGAUCCUUAUUGGAAAGAGAGGAAAAAGAGAAGCUUUUUAAUGAACACAUUGAAGCACUUACCAAAAAGAAGAGGGAGCACUUUAGGCAACUUCUGGAUGAAACAUCUGCGAUUACCUUGACAUCCACGUGGAAAGAAGUAAAAAAAAUUAUUAAAGAAGAUCCUCGGUGUAUUAAGUUCUCCUCCAGUGACAGGAAAAAGCAGAGAGAGUUUGAAGAAUAUAUCAGAGACAAAUACAUCACAGCCAAAGCUGACUUCAGGACGCUUUUGAAAGAGACCAAAUUUAUAACAUAUAGAUCUAAAAAGCUAAUCCAGGAAUCUGAUCAGCACCUGAAAGAUGUAGAGAAAAUUUUGCAGAAUGACAAACGGUAUCUAGUACUGGACUGUGUGCCAGAAGAGAGGCGUAAGCUGAUCGUAGCAUAUGUCGAUGACCUGGAUCGCCGGGGACCACCCCCACCCCCCACAGCGUCAGAGCCCACGAGACGAUCAACAAAAUAAUUCUAAAUACUCUUCCACAGGGAUAUCUAUUAAUUCAGAACGCUUGCAUGAGCCAACUUUCAGGUUUUUACAUAUAUGUGCAUUAGUCAACCUAUUGCAAAACCAUCUUGACGAACAGAAGGAGAAGCAUUCGUGAACAGUUUCUGGACAGAACACUUUGGAAAUAUUUAUGCUUUUCUUUGUGUGGCAUGACUGACAUACAUACUCAAAUAUAGGCUGUCUCUAGUAAAUCUAAAAUCUUGAAGCUAAAAAUCAUCCUUAUAUGAGACGUGGAAGUCAGUGACUUGGUGAUGUUCUUUCUAGCAGUGUUAUACGUGCAAGAAGCAAGAGCAUUUGUGGUUUGAACUUGCCAGAUGGAAAUACCACAGACUCCAAGAAAACCUAAGUCGGGGUUUGUUUUGUUCUGAUUUUUUUUAAAAGCGGGUAAAAGAGAAAACACUGAAAAUUGAAUUAUCUUCCAGAGGCUAAGAUUGUUAUAAUGGACAAUACUUUUACCUUUGUCUCUAAAGAACAGUUUAGUUUCAUUAAUUCACUUCUGUGCUUUGAUUAUCCCCUUGGAAUUAUAGACCAGUUUUUGGUGUUUAGCCUAAGAGAAGAUCAUGUAGUGACUUCUCAGGUGUGGACCCAUGGUCAUAACUAACAUGCUGGCCACAGAGAACCACUGGUUCAACAUAUUUUCUUCACAUUAAGUGAUCUUUAUCAAUAUUCUGGAUUAGACAACAAAUUACUCUUCUGGGUGUUCCCUGUAAACAGUACUCCUGUUUGAAUGUCAAACUUUUGUUUCUAAAGUUUAAUUUUAAGAUGUUUGAAUGUUCAGUUUAUGUAUUUGAACUACAAUAAACCAACCCUUUUUAUAUA